UGUGACUGAGGAAGAGGAGAAGGACGAGGCAAAUUGCUUACAGAUUUAGUGCGGUGUAGUACUGUAGCGUAUGGUAAUGUCCCAAAACGACAUUCGACUUGGUGUAUACAGCUCCAACGUUGUUCCACAUUUCGCCACUUUGUCAAGGAGCGCCACGACGAGUCGUGUCAUCAAUCAGUCACCAAAAGCCUUUGGAGAGCGAACCACAAUGAACAAAGAGGAUCAUGACAGGGAAAGGAUGAGGUGGUUGCUGAGGCUGGAGGAAAUCGAAACACGAUUAGCUGACUCAGAAACCCUUAAUUCAGACAUGCAUCAGAUUAGAGCCGAACUUAACAAGAAAAUCGUGGAACUGGAAAAAACACAGCGUCCAUUGAUCGAACAGAAUCGAAAAAUUAAUGACCGGAACAAAAUAUUACAACAAGAAGUGAAAAAAUUGGAACAAAAGCUUUGCCAUAGCCAGGACGACUUUCUCACUCUUAAAGAUGCACAUGAGCGACUAGUAAAAGAACAUACUCAACUGAAAGAGAAAAGAGCAUAUCCGGAGAAAUUGGAAGAGCUCGAGAGAUAUCGGGCACAGGUCUUAGAAUAUUCUAAAUGUAUAACCGCACUAAGGAGUUCAGGUUUGGAGAAAGAUCGACGUUACGAGCUACUGGUACAAAAGUUCAAACGGCUACGGCGAUGUAUAAAAAAAGGCGAUACGGAGGAGGAUCGACAGAGCACCGUCGGCAGCGACUGUUCAGCCGAAAGUUCCAUAAGUCUCGACACUAUUGCCGAAGAUUUUGAGACCUUCAACGCCGACAUCGAAAUCAACUAUCAGGCGCUUUAUCGCGAAAACGCCGAGCUUCAGAAAGCACUACAGGCUCUGAAGGUGAAUCCUGGAGGUUUGGAAGAAAGUCUGCUACGGGAUCAACUAACUUGUGCCCAUACAACAAUUGCUCAACAACAGAUACUCAUCAACAAUAACGAAGAAAUGAUUUCACAAAUGGGCCAACUGAAAACCGUCGUGGCCUCGCAAGCCGAACGCAUAAAACAACUGGAACAACAGAUUGAAGAAAUGGACAGAGAGUUGUGCGCAUCGCGUGAAGCUCAUGAUCUACUCGAAUUCCAAGUUUUGGAAAAGGAAGAGGAUAGCAAAUGUCUGCCAACGCCGCCAGAACGACUUGACAAAUGCAACGGAACAGAAGAAACGGCCGCGGAGCGAUGCGACAAAUGUGCGACAACGGACGAUUUGGCCGAAAGCAGCUCUGUUUAUAGACACGAGAAGAGAGCGCUGUCACCCACGGAAGUAAUAAGCCUGAAGAAAAGCAUGGGCGAACUGCGUGACGCUUUAAACCUAAAAUUAUCACAAUGUGCAGUUGUUGGCCAUGCCGAAGACUACAUUGGAGAGCUGGAAGAUCAACUUGCAUCCACAAACCAAGCCCAUAAAGAGCUGGCCGAGCAGUUCGAAGCACGAGUCAAGGAAUUACAGACUCAAAUCGAAGUCUCAUACUCAAAGCAAAAACGCAAGAAGGAGUUGCAGAUUGAGGUAGAGGAGCUGAGAAAGAAGUUAGCUGAAGUUGAUGCUGUUAAAGAAGAGCUAACUGAAGAGAUGCGAACGACAUCAAAGGAGCUUACGAAGGUGAAGUGCCAACUGCAAUCAAAGGAAAACGAACUCGAACGAGAACGAAAGCUCGCUGAGGGGCUGAAUGAGCAGCUACAACGUUUGACGGAAAGUCAUCAUGCUGAAAAGGAUACAGCACGACAGACGGAAGAAGAGCUGAAGAAGACGAAGGAGUUGUAUGAAUCAAGUCAAGUGGCUCUAGAACAGUUAAUGGAAGAGAAAAAUCAGCUUUGCGAGAAGUUGGAUCAGUUGAAUUCAGAAUACGAGAAAUUGAAAGAAGAUCAACGCCCAUCAAUCAGAACCGAGCUAGAGCGGAGAUACGAAGAACUGCGCUACAGGCUCAACACCGCUUUGGAUAAAAUCCACGAUUACGAGCUUGUGCUCGAAUCGGCCAAAAAAGGCGAAGACACAUCGUUUACAGAAAGUCUUCAGCAAGAUCUGGUUCAGCUGAAGGAGUAUAACGCACAUCUAGAGCGCCAAUUCCAAACUCAAACUGAAAUCAUCGAAGCGCUAAAGCAGAAACUCAUUGAGCAAAAAUCAUUUGCCGAUCUCAUUCAUAAGCUCUCUGAGCAAGAAGAUGUUGAACUGAUAGAAGAUGCGUUGAGCGACUACAUUAAAUCCGUAGAUCGAGAAACAGGAAGGCUGGCGGAGAGCAUUGCCUAUAUAAUUAAGACUGCCUCUAAAAUCAGAAUGGUUUCCCCAAUUGCUCCCUUGGAAAUCAGCACAACGCAUCACAAGAUAUGCCCGUAUAAUUCCGUGGACUCGUCCGGAAAGUGGCUUUCGAACAGCAGUGAGGACAUCUCACCAGAUAGCGAAGGCAAUGAUUGGAGUGUGAAGAGGAAAACAUUGAAAGAGGUCCAAUGUGGUGCCGAUGGUUUGGAGCCGCGCAGCGCCUCAACGAAAAACGCAUGAUUAAACCUGUUAAUUGCAUAACUGCUCUGUAUAAAGUUGAAAGACGAAUUAAAAAAAGAGAAUGUUUAUCAUUUUUUUUUGAAGAACGUUGUACUCAACAGCCACCGCUCAAAUAAAAGUCCCUUCUUGAUCAGUGCUACAAACUGCAACUCCUUCACUAGUGGCUCUUUGCUUUCAUUUCUAGAGCUCGCUCAUUGUAUGCUACAAAGCCCUCGUUCCGUUGCCUUAUUCUGUAUAAGUCUGUUCAUUUUGCAGCAAUUUACGAUACCGGUUCAACAAGUACGUUACUUAGCAUAUAUAUUCGUAUUUUCGUUCUGUAAUCGAAUGUUUUACAAUGAGUUUCUGUGCAAUAUAUGUCAUUAUUUCAACAUUAAAACCUGUUUGAUGCGUUGUGUCAUG